UUCGUUACCCCAGUCAGGGUGGAUAAAGAUAAACAGGGCGCUAGGGCAAGUCCACGGUGAACAUCACUAAUACCCCAAAUCCACUUGCGACGCGUUGUCACUGAAGAAAAGAGAGAAGGCGGAAACUGCAUCGCGCCCCUCGUCACGGGGCUACAAACUGAACCAGAUCGCAUCUGUCUCCUUCUUUCCAUUCUCCUCGUCGGCGGUGCCCUAGUUCAUCCAGCUUCGCUCUUCUGCCAGUUUCCGGGGACGACCAAGUGUCUGCAGAGCGUUUGGCUUUGUGGAAGGAACUAACCCUUUUCGCCCGCCCUUUGUCAUUUUUGAGUCGGUAAGUUCUGUAGGAGGGCGGUGAUCUUCUCGCCCCCUGCUGGUGAUCUGAAAGAGGGGAAGCGACGUCCUCAUUUCCUGUUGGCCGCGUAUGCGCCGGUGAUCUGAGAGUUCUGUGUCUCUCAAGCACUGGGUCUCUUCGAUCAUGGUAAGACGCCACGGAUGGCAGCUUCCUGCUCACGCCUUUCAGGUUGUGGCUAUAACAGUGUUCUUUCUCCUGGUAGUUGCAUUCUAUGCAUUUUUUGCACCUUUUCUUGGCAAACCCAUCUUUGAAUAUACUGCAAUUGCUGUUUACACACCAGUGGCUGUUGUAGUGUUUGUCCUUUAUGUGCGGUGUACCCGCAUAAACCCUGCUGAUCCAGGAAUAAUGGAAAAGUUUGAGAAAGGAUUCAAAAAUCAGAAUAAUAGUAAAGCAGGGCUGCCACCUGGAUCUUUAUCUUUUGAUGGUGAUAAUGCACCUGGAGCUCAUUCUUCUCCUGCAUCAACUUGUAGGAGUUCUUUAGGGCACUCUUCCAGCAGAAAAGCUUCAGCUGUUGUUGAUAAUCCAGCUACAAAUAUGCCAUUGAGCCCACAAAAGAGAAGUACAAGAUGCUGCAUCCUUGGUGGACUUAUGUUUGCACUGUUUGUUAAAGAUGAUUGCCGCAAACUUGAAGAAACUGAGGAACAGACUGGUGGAGAAGAUGCUUUGUUUUGCACACUGUGCAAUGCUGAGGUGCGCCAAUAUAGUAAACACUGCAGGAGUUGUGACAAAUGUGUUGACAGUUUUGAUCACCAUUGUCGGUGGCUUAAUAAUUGUGUUGGGCGUAAAAAUUACAUCACAUUCAUCUCUCUCAUGGCCACGAGUCUUAUUUGGCUAGCUAUUGAAUGUGGAGUCGGCAUUGCUGUUCUUGUACUUUGCUUUGUGAACAAGGAUAGCAUGGAGAACAAUAUCAAGGAAAAGCUUGGCAAUGGGUUUUCUCGUGCUCCAUUUGCAACUGUUGUGGCUAUUUGUACUGCACUAUCAAUUGUUGCGUGCAUACCAUUGGGAGAACUUUUCUUUUUCCACAUGAUCCUGAUCAAAAAGGUUUCCUCUUAUACUUUACUAAGAAUCAUUAAGGUUCUUCUUGCAAGUGCUUUACCUUUCCCUCCCUUUUACCAGGGAAUUACGACCUAUGAGUAUGUCGUAGCUAUGAGAGCUAUGAGUGAGGCAGCACCACCAUCUGCUGAUGAGGAAGCACCUAAUGCUCCAUAUUCUCCAACUAAUUCUGCAACAACUGGCAUAAGUCUUGGAAGUUCCCUUAGUAUUCAAUAUAAAGGUGUAUGGUGCACUCCUCCUAGGGUAUUCGUUGAUCAACAGGAUGAGAUUAUCCCACACUUGGAACCAGGAAUGGUACCAUCAACUGUUGACCCUGAUGCAGCUGGGCAUGUGGAGAAGGCUAUCAAGUCCAAAAAGGCUGUUAAGAUUAGUGCUUGGAAACUCGCUAAAUUGGACUCUAAUGAGGCCAUGAAAGCAGCUGCAAAAGCCAGGGCGUCUUCUUCGGUCCUGCGUCCCAUAGAUGCUCAUCGUUUGCCAGAUGCUGAUUUUAGUUCCAGUGAUGAUGUAAGUGGUAGGAGUAGUUUGAGCAUGGAUUACAAUGCUACAAGAGAAUCAAGAGCAGAGCUCAAAUUGUCUCCUCGUAGAAACUCUUAUCCACAUAGUCAAGAUAGCAAGGAUGACUACGAGUCUCGAACUCAAACUGCAAGCAGCCUGAGCAGUCCAAUCCACAAUCACGAAACUUCAGCCAUCAGUGCACUUCCUUUGAAGCCUACACUUCCCAAUAGGCCUUCACCAUUUACUUCAAGAGGUCCUCGUCCUACUACCCAACAUUCCAACUCAAUGUUCCAAUCUGCCACCUCAGCAAUAAGGGAAAACAAAAGAGCAUCUGUUGUCUGGGAUCAAGAAGCUGGUCGCUAUGUCUCAGUAUCUGGAACUGCCAGAAUUGAGAGUACUAUGGGUGCCCCUACAAGGAUGUCUCGGUUUCCAAUUGGUAAUACUUUCGCAGAAACUGGUGCACAUGGGAGUACUGCUCGACCAAACAUGUCUGCUUCAGCGAUGCCUCCUAUCCCUCGACAAGAGAGAUUAACAUACACCGGGCAGUCUAUUUUCUUUGGAGGCCCUCUUAUUAAUACGCCCAUCAGAGAUACCAAGAGAAGUGAUGAACAUACAGGAACAAGGCCGGUAACUGAGAGAACAUCAAAUUCUAAUCGGGACACGGUAGAGAAGGGGCAAGCUGCAGGUUCCUUCCCAGUAUUUGCUCCAGGAGCAUUCCGGAAUCUUCCAUUUAAUAAGUGAUUUCAUCCUAUCCUGCUUUGUUAACCCAAAUGGCUUAUCCCAAAUUGCUUUCGAGGGUUUCAGGGAGGCAAUGGAUGAUUGUUCGGUAGAAGUUAUGCUGGUUCAUGCAGAACCAUAGCUUGGCUACAAGGUUCCUCCAUUUCGAUGACUUUUAUCUGUUAUUUUGCCGGUCAUCACGUAAUCUAAAUAGGCAGCAGGUAUAACUUUCUCUAACGAUGAGGUCCCGCUGGUGUAUAUAUACUUUGGAUUAUGUUCCUGCUGGUAGCAACUGCAUAGAAAACUAAAUGGAACGUAGGAAUUAGAUUAUUA